AGACAGUUAUCGUCACUACCUGUCAAGGUUCGAUGCCGUGUACUGAUGCCUUGUACUGCGUUUCUUGAGCUGUCGAUGGCUACAGCCUUUGUUUACCCUAUAGGUCAUGAACCAUCGGAUACGGUAUCUGCUCGUCACCGCUACCUGGGCCAUCCUGACGGCCGGAAAUGCCACGCCACUAUCCAACGUCAACGAGCCGCCGGGAAACCUUACGCUAAACAGGUCCCCAAGGGGACUGUCCCCGCAGCAAGUGAUGGAGGAACGCCUGACGAGCUGCCUUCUCGAUGACGGUUUCACGAACGUCAACUGCCACAUCGAGAACAGCUCUGUUCGCUGUUUUUCGGGCGGCUUUGAUAGCACGCCGAUCGGAACCGUCGUUGCCACGGCACUGGGAGUGGCGGCAGGAGCCAUCUGCGUCGCAGCCAUAGGAUGCUGUUUCUGGACGAUGAACGGGAAAAGAAACGAAAAGGCAGCUGCAGCCCAAAAGUCGACACCAUCAUCCAAGGUGCCUGCGGCUAAAGGACAUCCUUCCGUCAAAUUUUUCAACCCCUUGACAGCAUCGGUCAACAUUGGAACAGGAUUUUACAGGCUCUGAAAGACUCACUAGAGCGAUCGCUCUCUGCUUUUCUUUCUUUUUUUUUUCUCCGACUUAUUACACCUAGAGUCUCUAGACAAUAAGCUACGCCUAGGGUUCCGUCCCUCAAUUUUCCCAUUCCCUCGUUGGCGCCGCCAUUUUGGUGCCUAAUGCAGAGCGGCGCGAGUGGGGAUCUACGAUAAGAGAAUGCGAAAGCCCAGGUGAUAUCGUCCGCUUCAUCAUUUCUGGAAGACGGAAAAACAGUGCAAUUCCAGAUAAAACUUCAGAUUACUGGCAACCAUGAUUUUAAACAUCAAGAUGGUUCUUAAGCCACUGGCUAGACCCGCAAUCCGAAGUUCUGUUUUCACCCGCUACGAAAGGAAAGCCAAAGAAUCCAAUUUAAUCCCAUGGAUGCAGUGUAGGUACUUCGAAGCGUAGCCCUCUAGUUACAGCUAAGCAAGCAAUUUCGGACAAUGGUUCCUAUACAACUGUACUAACCAAUAGGCACUAUCGCUUAGAUGGUACAAUAGGACAUAUACUUCAGUCCUUCACGAUUGUUAGUAAAUGCUCUUGAAACACCAUCGUA